UCAACUAUGCAGCUAUAUUUUGAGGCCCUUGACCGACACAGUGGGAUAAGGAUGGUGGAAUGGACGUUUGGAAUUACUGAGUCGGGAACUAAACUGUCGUCAGGAGCAUUAGGAGUAGGAGCUAUCAACGAAAAAUCCUGCCCUAACAAUGCUGUAGAAUGUUACUGUCCAGAUGUUGGAUUCUGCGAAUUCUUCAACUACACAGUACCAUUGAAUAAGCUUGUUGCAAUUCAUAAACACGAGGGGAAUCAUAAUCGCAAUUACUAUUUUACAAUUAAAGUGACCAACCAUGCACAUUUGUAUAAUACCGAGCAUGUAGACAUUCUUGUAGACGAUUCUCCACCGGAAGUUGGGAUUGUUUAUGAAGGUCCAGAAAAUAGUAAUGACAUCGAUUAUACAAGCGGUGACACUUUUCUUAUUCAUUGGCAUGGAUUUAUAGAUCAUGAAAGUGAAAUAAAGACAUACAGAAUAGGUCUAGCUGCUCGUUGCCUUGGCCAGACAGAACUUUACAAUUCUACAAUUGUUUAUCAUAUUUCUUAAGGUAGUCAAC